CGGUAAACUGUCUUUGCCACAUCCGAGUCCGAGUCCCCUCCAUCAACCCGCAUUCAGAACUCGCGCAUAUGCCAAGACUAGCGGAGAAGAUAGGCUCGCUGCUGUUUUGCCCGGACUGUGGCACGCUGCUCAACCUGCCGCAGGAUGAGGACAUGUAUGUCAAGUGCGAGCAGUGCGGCCAUGAAGAGCCGGCAAGCUCGUAUGAGAACAUUGAGAUCGUGACGCGCUCGCAUCCGGAUGCGUUCCCGUCACCGCUGAGACAGAAAGGCAAGACGCAGACCAAGGUCCACGAGGCAAACGAUGCGCUGCUGAAGGUUACAGAAAAGUGCCCCGAGUGUGGACACAUGGAGGCCUUUUCACGGGAGAUGCAGUUGCGCAGCGCAGACGAAGGGUCAACCAUCUUUUAUACCUGCGUGAAGUGUAAAUACGGCUGGCGUGUCAACAACUGA